AAAGAAUUUGCGCGAAAAGUGGCCCGAAUUUAUUCUGCUGAUUCAAUGGAGGGGAGCCAAUCACGAAGGGAUACCGAGUCAAGAUCUUUGACUGCCGGAUAAAGUGCAAGCGUUUCUGAAGAGGUAACUAGCGUUUUCGUUUUGGAUGAUGGCAACAAACUUUUGCGCCGGCUCGUUUCACUGUGGGCAAUCGGCAUCCAUUAUUGUCUGGGGAAAGGGAGGGAGGUCAUUGCAGAAAGGACAAGAAUUGAAGAAUGAAAUCGUGUUAGUGACACGGGAUGGAAGAAUGGAUUCAUAAUCGUUUGCUCUUUCUUCUCAUACGGAAUACGGAGUACGGAGUACACAAUGAUGGAUGGCCUUGAACUUCGACAAUAAUAAUGCUGUGUAUCCAGGAUCUAGACUCAGCAGUAUCAAAUGCAUCAUUGCAAUUGCAUGGCAAGGCAAGGUUGAAGAGGAAAAGGGGACCAAGCUUCCAAGUUCGUCUUGCCGUGCCGUCGGAUCACAGUUAGGCUGGCUUCUUCGACACGGGGAAGCUUCUAAUAUUAAAUGGAAACCAUUCCAUCUACUCCGUACAUCAUUCAGGUCUCGACCAGCGGUUGAAGAUGCAGCCGUGCGUGUGGCAAAUAUGCAAUGUAUAUGUUUAUUUAUAGGUGUAAUGUCGCAUAGAUGCAAUAUUAUGCACCACACUAUUAGUACGAUCUGUCCUUGAGAACGCAAGGAGCAGCGGCAGCAGCAGCAGCAGCGAACGAGACAUACUC